AUGUCGGAACCACAGCCUGACCUGGAGCCGCCCCAGCAUGGGCUGUACAUGCUCUUCCUGCUUGUGCUGGUCUUCUUCCUCAUGGGCCUGGUAGGCUUCAUGAUCUGCCACGUGCUCAAGAAGAAAGGCUACCGCUGCCGCACCUCGAGGGGCUCGGAGCCUGACGACACCCAGCUCCAGCCCCCUGAGGACGAUGACAUGAAUGAGGACACAGUAGAGAGGAUUGUUCGAUGCAUCAUCCAAAAUGAAGCCAAUGCUGAGGCCUUGAAGGAGAUGCUGGGGGACAGUGAAGGAGAAGGGACAAUGCAGCUGUCCAGUGUGGAUGCCACCUCCAGCUUGCAGGACGGAGCCCCCUCCCAUCAUCACACAGUGCACCUGGGCUCCGCAGCCCCCUGCAUCCACUGCAGCCGCAACAAGAGACCCCCACUUGUCCGUCAGGGACGCUCCAAGGAAGGAAAGAGUCGCCCCCGGCCUGGGGAGACCACUGUGUUCUCUGUGGGCAGGUUCCGGGUGACACACAUUGAGAAGCGCUAUGGGCUGCAUGAGCAUCGUGAUGGCUCCCCCACGGACAGGAGCUGGGGAUCUGGUGGGGGGCAGGACCCAGGGGGUGGCCAGGGGUCUGGGGGAGGGCAGCCCAGGACAGGGAUGCCUGCCAUUGAGAGCCUUCCCCCUGAGAGGCCACAGCCCCUGGCCCUUGCCAGCCCCCCAGUGCGGAAUGGAGGACUCAGGGACAGCAGCCUAGUCCCUCGUGCACUUGAGAGGAGCCCUGGAACCUCUGCAGAGUCGAUGCUGGGGGCUGGAGGAAGGGGUCCAAGCCCAGGGCUGGCCAGUCAAGAGGCAAAUGGACAGCCAAGCAAACCGGACACCUCAGAUCACCAGGUGUCCCCACCACAGGGGGCAGGGGGUGUGUGA